UUGAAAUGUUGCCAAAUGCUGUUGCAUCGUGUCCGGGGGUGUUUUUUUCUCUUUGAGGCGGUGGUAGUACUUUUCCAAAUACCACCCUCGCUGAAACACCUUAAGAUUCAUCUUUCAAGCAGACACUGUCAGACGUCAGAGAGCUCACUGAGUGAAGCAACCUUUGUCAACUUGUCUUCUCCUACUUGUUUGUCAAGGACCACAGCAGCACCAGGAGCCAUGGCAGACCCGUGGCAGAGGGCCUAUGACUUUGCCGUGGAAGUGGCGAGAAAAGCCGGGGCGGAAAUUAGGAAAGCCGGCGAAAGCGAAAUAAGGGUGAUGACCAAGAGUUCCACUGUGGACUUGGUCACCAAGACAGACGAGAGGGUGGAGAAAAUCAUCAUCGACUCCCUGAAGGAGGAAUUUGGAAAUGACACCUACGGGUUCAUAGGCGAGGAGUCGGUGGCCAAAGGCAUUCCCUGCAUUCUGACCGACAAACCCACCUGGAUCAUUGACCCGGUGGAUGGAACCACCAACUUUGUCCACGGGUUCCCAUUUGUGGCAGUGUCUAUUGCCUUUGCAGUCAAAAAGAGGUUGGAGUUCGGUGUGGUGUACAGCUGCUUGGAAGACAAGAUGUACAAAGCAAGGAGAGGGAAAGGAGCUUUCUGUGAUGACGAGCGCAUCCAAGUGUCUGACGUGAAAGAUAUUCACAAGUCCAUCAUAAUCUCUGAACAUGGGACAGACAGGAGCCCUGAGAAGGUCACCAAGAUCUUCUCCACCAUGCAGAGGAUUCUCUGCAUCCCAGUGCACGGGUUUAUAUUGCCCAAGACGCACCACAUGAUGACAACGACUGCUUUACCCAUACCGGCUCGGUCGUCGCCCGGGUGAACAAGGACCGCGUCUACCGUUGGCCACCAGGACGGAGGUGGAAAAUUUACUCCUGGAAACUCUGCAGAUUCCGUACUAGAGACAAUUUAGUUGUGGGAACCUGGAAUGUAAGGACACUAACUGCUGAUGGGAAGAAGUCCAGCAAAAGAUCAGCCAAGCCUUCGGCCUACAUGAUUACCUGCUCACCACGGUCAUAAAGCGGAAACUUGGGUGGUACGGACACAUCACCAGAUCCUCAGGCCUUGCAAAAAACAUCCUGCAAGGCACCGUACAAGGUGGCGGGAGGCAAAAGAAAAGAUGGGAAAAUAACAUUUGAGAAUGGACUCACCUGAAACUCAUUGAGGCAAUGAGAACUGCUAAGGACAGAGCGGGAUGGAGAGAGCUGGUCAACAGAUCGUCUGUGGUGCCCCAACGACCCUCCGGGGUUAUGGGAUAGGUUAGGUUAGGUUAGGGGUUAUUUCAUAUGUUGACCAGAGGGGGAGAACUUCACAUUUUUACACACACUUGUUAUUGUAUAUGUUGACCAGAGGGGGAGCAUUUUUAAAAGCGACACGCAUUCAAUGUGAAAAAUCCCUCUUUUUUGGGACCACCCUCACUUUGAUAGAUGUCACCACCAGGGGUGUUAAUGAGAGCUCUAUUUUUGGUUUUUUUGUAUUGUGCUUAAAGCCGAUGACAAAGGAGUCACGGACCACAAAUGGCCCCUGUACCGCACUUUAAACAACCCAGCUGUAGAAGCUAACUGUUAUUGGUCACUAUAGUCUUAGUAACGUAGUGUAUUUGUUCACCCUUUGGUCACAUGUGGGUUGUCUUACGUCAGCACCGGAAGUCGUAAAACAGCUGUUCACCUGGUGGGUUAUUUUUGGGGAUGAAUAGAGAGGUCCUUCUUUAGCUUGUUUUAUCAUAUAUUGCUGCCUUUGCACCUGUCAAUGUUUACUUUUGUAUUCAAAUUAAGUCAACCAAAAAUCCUGACUUUGGAGCAAUGUUCACAGACUCUAAUAUUUGCCUCUCUACAUGAUUUAUGUCCUAACUUGUUCACCUGUCCUCAUAUGGAAGCUACUUUUCUUUGUUGAUGUCUCAAGAAGGGCAGAAAUACAAGAACACACGCACACACAUACGCACGCACACACGCACACACACACACACACACACACACACACACACACACACACACACACACACACACACACACACACACACACACACACACACACACACACACACAUCAAA